GGACGCACGAUGCCACCAGGAUGCACUGCAGCCGCAAGGCCCGGCGCAGCGCAAGUCGCGUCUCGUUUCGGUUAGCGCAAAACGGGAGGCCUGCUGUCGCUGCCCCUUCCUCUCGCGCCGUCACGAUCCCUCCCCCCAGGAAAACUCCACCACACGAUCGCCAAUUCCUCCGCAUUCUCCUCAUCGAGCGCGAAUGGCUGGCAUGGCACAGCGAGGCAAGAAGGCUCUCAACCCGGGCCCGCACAGGGCCUAGAAGACUGCUAUCCAAAACCAUCUCCCCGGCUGUCCAUUGUGAGACAGCCGGGCAGCCCGGCCUCAUACGAGGCCACAGAGCCCUUGGGCCCACAGAGGCCCUUCGGGGCCUCCACGGUGGACGACUCCACCGGCAAGAUCAAAUUCAGCCAGUAAAAAGACUCUUUGUGCUGGCAGAACCAUGCCAGCGGGGCUGUAAGAGAACCCCAGUCACGUACGGGCUGCCGCCCACGGGCGUCAACAACAACCAGCUCGAUGAGUACAUCAAGAGGAUGGACUAUUAUCGCACGAAGCAAUUCACAAACUUCAUCAGCGACCAAUCUGGUUUGACUUUCUUUGAUGCCUACGAGGCUACGAGGCGACGAGACCGAGGUAGCUCGCCAAACCUAGUAUUUUGGUUGAGCAAUUGCCUCCGCCUGCCUUGCGCUUUCAACUCCGAUACCAUCACCGUGGUCGCGGCUAUCCAGAGACCCGCAACAACCCAGAUGGCCGCGGCCAGCGGCCACAUCUACCUGGAAAGAAUGCCCCGGGACAGUUUAAAGAUCACGAUGGCAGGGCUACUUAUCGAGUCUUCCAUGGCGCCCUCGACCACCGUAUGCCGCACUGGCAUCGGCAGCAGCCUAAUCGUCAAGACAUCCACAUCGGAUUAUCCCGAUUCAGAGCGUGGCCCAGUUCCGGGCAGCACGCCCGAGGUCCACAAUGGGCCGUCGGUCUUUUUUUCUGUCUCAAUAUUCAUUACCAUCACCACCACCAACACCACCACCAACCGCUAUCCAUCACCACCUCUCGCUCCCUAUUACCACCACCACUGACACCGCUUCUUCCACCAUCUCUACUCCACCGCCACAACCAACCAACACAAUCUUUACAACAACACCACCACUAACCACCGCCGGCGCCGCCUCGCCAUCCCCACCGUCCCUCUACCAACGCCAACGCCAACGACAACAACCACGGCCUUCCCCAUCCAUCAUCUACGGCUUCUACCACGGCCAACACCACCACAGUUGUUUC